AUGAAAAAUGAUGACGGGAAUGUUGAUAACGUAUUUGAAAAGAUAAAAAAAGAAAGACAAGAAAGAGUUAAUAAGUUAAUGAAACCAAUGUCAAAGAGAAAUUUAGAUGAACAAAGAUUGAAGAAAGUGAAAACAAUAAGGAAUGAAAUUAGAGAAGAUGCUAAGAAUUUUCAAAGGGAACGCAUUAAUGCCACUCAAUUUAAACUGGAUUAUAAUAAUUCAUAUGAAAAAAUAUAUGAUGAAAAAUUUAAAGAUAUUGAUUUUGAUCAGUUGAUUGAAGAACAAGAGAUGGAGUAUGAAUCAAAUGAAAAUAAUGAUGAAAUAUUGAAAAGGUAUGAGGAAGAAGCCGAAUUGAGAGAUUUUGAAGAAGAUGAGGAGCUAUUGGAUAUGAUUCAAGGUUUAGAAUUACAAGAAAAUGAUAAAAAAUGUGACUAA